ACUCUAGUAAAGUAAGGGUGACGCGUUUGCAGCGAUACAAUUGAAAAGAAAGCAGUAACAAGUAAUCUUGUGUGUCGGAUCAGUGGAACAACAAGGGAGCAAAUUGAACGGAUGGAAUUUACGAGUCACGGUGUUCAACUAUGAGAUAAGCAGCUUGAUCAACUCUCUCCCGCGCUGGAUCCUCUACGUUUAGGCCUGAUGGAGCUGGGCACACGACAAGCACUGACCGCCGGGGAACACGCCCCCCAUCGCCGACCUUGAAAGGAGGGACACUCCGCUACUCCCAACCUUCCCUCCUCUUCCACUACCUCUCUGGUACACCUCCCUCCCUCCCUCCCUCCCUGGUCCUGAGAUGGUGAUGGUGAUGAUGAUGAAGCUGAAGCAGAACCUGCUGGUGGCCUGUCUGGUCAUCAGCUCAGUCACAGUCUUCUACUUGGGUCGUCACGCCAUGGAGUGUCACCACCGCAUCGAGGAGCGGAGCAGCCAGCCUGGGGACCAAGGGGUUCUGGGGGGCCUUCAGGGGCCAAGAGGGUUGCUCCUGGGGGGUUCUUUGAGCUCCUCCACCAUCCUGCGGGGCUCUGGCCCCGGGGCCCAUAACCUCUCCGCUCCAUUCGUCUACAACAAGGACAUGCCUCUAGUGUUCAUUGGAGGGGUUCCCAGGAGUGGGACCACGUUGAUGAGAGCCAUGCUGGACGCUCACCCCGAGGUUCGUUGUGGUGAGGAGACCAGGGUUAUUCCACGUAUCCUGGCCAUGAAACAGAUGUGGUCGCGGUCGGGGAGGGAGAAGAUGCGUCUGGACGAGGCCGGGGUGACGGACGAGGUCCUGGACGCUGCCAUGCAGGCCUUCCUCCUGGAGAUCAUCGUGAAGCAUGGCGAACCCGCCAACUUCCUCUGUAACAAGGACCCCUUCGCUCUGAAGUCCCUCUCCUACCUGGCUAAGAUCUUCCCGCACGCCAAGUUCGUGCUAAUGAUCCGGGACGGACGCGCCUCGGUCCAUUCGAUGAUCUCGCGUAAGGUGACGAUCGCUGGCUUUGACCUGGGCAGCUACAGAGACUGCCUGACCAAGUGGAACAGGGCCAUAGAGACCAUGUACACUCAGUGCCUGGAUGCCUCAGACAAGUGCCUGCCGGUGCAUUAUGAACAGCUGGUGCUCCAUCCAGAGAAGUGGAUGAGGACGCUGCUCAAAUUCCUGGACAUUCCCUGGAACGAGGCGGUGCUUCACCAUGAGGAACUCAUAGGGAAAGCAGGAGGUGUUUCCCUCUCCAAUGGCGAGACGAGGUGUGGGCAGCCAGCGUCUUCAAGGAUUUUACAAACCUGGGACAAGGACCUCCAAAUGAGGACGAAGCCAGGCAGAACUUCCAUGCAUCACCUCACUGAGCUAUCAGGGCCACAGUGGAUCGCCCACUCCUCAUUCUGAGUGAAGCUCAGCCGCCAUUUUGGAUCUGGUUCUGAACCAAAAUGGUUCUGGUUCUAGAACACAGGCCUCUGUUCUUUGGUUCUGGAAGUGUUCUGCUCUGUUCUGCGCUGCUGCCACAACAAGACACUGAUUAGGAUACAGUCCUGUUGGCUCUGAUGGCAGUAAUAAACAAGCAGCUAUCCUUGGGGAUGCUACCUGUUUUACGAGACACUCUCCUCCUUCACUCUGCUUACGUAGUCAAAUGGCUCAAUGCUGUGGUUGAAUCACAGGUUGCAUCCCAAUUGGCCCCCUAUUCCCUAUACAGUGCACUACUUUUGACCAGAGCCCCAAAGGGAAAUAGGGAGCCAUCUGGGAUAGACCCAUAGCACAAUGUUAUGGUAAGCAAAUAGGGAGCCAUCUGGGAUAGACCCAUAGCACAAUGUUAUGGUAAGCAAAUAGGGAGCCAUCUGGGAUAGACCCAUAGCACAAUGUUAUGGUAAGCAAGCACUAUUCAUCACCAGGCUGACAAGGUGUGAGUGGUGAAUGGGUCAUGCUCUACCUACUACAUUCCCUUCCUGGUGCAGUGAGACAAGUUAGCACUGGUCCGUGUAACUCUCUCUCCCGCUCUCUCAUUCGCUGGCUUGCAACUAUUGUUCUUCCCAGAGGGGAGAAAGAGAGCGAGGGAGGAAAUGGUGAUGGCCCAGAGAGAAGGAAGGAUCGUAAAUCUAGUAGUUGAGUAGGUAUAUCAGUAGUAAACUUGAUUUUUUAAAUGUUUUUAAUUUUUAUUGUUGAUAGUCAACAACAUACAUUUCGUACUCCAGGUCCAUUUCUACAGGCUCCCAGGGCCUGAAAUAACAGCCUUGCUAUUCCAGGAGGCCAAACAUGAAUUGACUGUCAUUCUGUAGGUUAUGAAUCAUUCUAGAGAAGAGCUAGGUGAGAAACCUCACUCAUUAGUCAGCCGCACACAGUAGAGGGGGAAACAACCCAUUUCUCAGCUUGUAUCCCGUUGGGCCCUGGUCUAAAGUAGUGCACUAUAUAGGGAAUAGGGUCUAAAGUAGUGCACUAUAUAGGGAAUAGGGUCUAAAG